ACUGAAAUUGUGGAAGACAUGGACAGGAUAAUUUUGUGGGGUCAAAACCUGUCCCCUGAGAUGGUUGUUGAGCCACUUGUAAAUGUCAUCCAUCUUCAUCCUUCAAUGCCGAGAGCGGGUGUUUCAGAGAAGUUAUCCUUAUCUAAUUUUGUAUUUCCGUCUUCUUUUUUCCUUUUUAAUUUAUUAAUUAAUGGAAAUUUUCUGAUAUUUUUAGUAAUUCUUCACAAGAAAUAAGAAACUACAGUUUAACCAAGAAUUCACAUUUUGGGCAUGAUUCUUCAUCUUCAAAACCUGUUCUGUUUGCAGUUACAGAUCUUCAAACGUGAUGUUUUCUCUUCUUUGAUAAAUUAGGAUUUUUAAUGUACAAUAAUAUGUGUUCGUUUUAAUGUUUACUACCCAAAUCAAUUAUAAUGUGGAGGAGAUUCUGGUCAAGUGGAAUUUUGAAGCACAGCUUGUCAGCGGCGGCUGUGGGGAGGAGCGCUCCUCCGCCGUCGCUGUUGUUGGGAAUGGGAUGGGCUCCAAUUCAACAAAGCGGAAGGGCGAGGGAACUAGUGUUAUUGAGCAAGAGAGUGUUAAUGUCAACAACAUCAUCGUCGUCGCAGUUUUUCACUACUGAUGCUGGUGAUCACAGCAAUAGCAGCAAGGAAGGAGGUGAUGGUGGUGGUGGUGGUAGUACUACUGAGAAUAUUACUUGCGCGGAGGUGAAAAGAUUGAUGAGGCUGGUGAAUGUGGAGGCAUUGAAGAUGAAGUUAGGGAUGGAGGAGAAGGAGGUUAUUUCUUAUUCUGAGCUCUUGCAGGUUUGCAAGAGCAUGGGUAUUGCCAGAUCUCAAGAUGAGGCCAUUGAAUUUGCUCGUGCCUUUGAUGAUGCCGGCGUUGUCCUUCUCUUCCGGGACAAGGUCUAUCUCCAUCCUGACAAGGUGGUAGAGCUGGUUAAAAGAGCAAUGCCUCUUGCUUUGACUCAUGAAGAUGAUCCUGUGAGGAUUGAGCUAAAGACACUGCAGGAAAGGAAAGAAGAAAUUGACAUACUAGCACAUAAGCAAGUUCGGCGCAUCCUUUGGUGUGGGCUUGGACUAGGUCUGUUGCAGGUUGGACUAUUCUUUCGACUAACAUUCUGGGAAUUCUCAUGGGAUGUAAUGGAACCUAUUGGAUUUUUUGUCACUACCACUGGUAUAAUUAUAGGCUAUGCCUACUUCUUGUUCACUUCAAGAGAUCCAACUUAUCAAGACUUGAUGAAGAGGCUAUUUCUCUCUAGGCAGAGGAAAUUGUUCAAGAAACAGAAAUUUGAUGUUGAGAGGUUCAAGGAAUUGCAAAAGAAAUGCAAGACACCUCUGGAUGCCACUACCUCUCUUAAAAAUCGUGGGUUGGAAGUGGAAUUGGAGGAUGCCAUCCAUAAGGACUAACUUUUCUUUCCCUGCUGUCAUCUUCCCCGAUCUUCGUCAUCAGAAUUUUACAUGGUGACCAUCUCAACUUCGCCUGUUUUCAUGUAGGCCGAGGAAACGAUUAAUUCUUGCUGGCUCAUAUAAUCUACCUUUCAAUUUUUGGAUACAUGUAUUCUUCCAUCCCAACAAACUAGGACAUAUACCGGUAUGGUGGACCUGCAUGCAUCGUGUUGUACUUUUUGUUGCUUUAACACCCUUCUAAUUUUAACCAUGAAAUACUAAAAUUACUUUCUGUCA